CCGGAGCCACUUCCUUUUCAUUCGCCAGUGUCCUACGCGACUCUGCACGCUUUCAGUUGCGGCCGUCAAUCGCAAACCUGGAUUAUAAAACGUACAAAACUGACCUCGUACACCACAGAACUAUUUCCAUAAGGACCUAGAUCAGCCCCCCCCUGGAGACAUGUCGCGGUUCUUCGCCACCGGCUCCGACAGUGAGUCGGAGGAAUCCUCGUCUGCGGACGAGAUCACCCCCAAAACAUCGGGACCCAACUUCAGGCAGUCGCUGUUGCUUAGCGAUGAUGAGGAGGACACCAAGAGGGUUGUUCGCAGUGCCAAGGACAAGAGGUUCGAGGAGCUGACCAACCUGAUCAAGACCAUCCGGAACGCCAUGAAGAUCCGAGACAUGGCGAAGUGCCUGGAGGAGUUUGAUCAGCUGUGUCGAGCGUUCCUCAAGAGUAAAACUAUAGUGGACAAGGAGGGGGUGCCCCCCUUCUACAUCCGCCUGCUGGCUGACCUCGAGGACUACCUUAACCAGCUGUGGGAGGACAAGGAGGGCAAGAAGAAGAUGAACAAGAACAACGCCAAGUCUCUGAGCUCCCUGCGGCAGAAGAUCCGCAAGUACAACCGCGACUACGAGACGGAGAUCGCUGCCUACAAAGAGAAUCCCCAAGAGUCCGCCGAUGAGGAAGAGGAGAAAGAGGUGGAGGAAUCGGGCUCUUCUUCGGGUAGUAGUGAUGAUGAGGAGGAGGGAGGAGAGGGCAUGACAGCUAAGAACUUCCUGAAGAAGGAGGCCGUACCUGAGGCCAACAAGUUCCUUAAGGGGGCCAAGGGUUCUGGGGAUGAGGCUUCAUCAAGUGAUGAUGAGGAUGAUGAAGACUGGGGUGAGGACUCGGAGGACAGCGGCAGUUCGAGCUCCGAAGAUGGAGAGGGAAAGAGCUCAUCGCUCGCCUGCCGCUUCCUCAAGAAGACCCAGGAGGGAGAGAAGGGUCUGGACAAGAAGCGUGAGCAGAGGAAGAAGAAGCAGAAGAAGGAGCGCCUAGAGGAGGAGGCGGAGGAGGAGGCCGGCGAGGAGGGCGAGGGAGGCUGGGAGAAAGUCAAGGGCGGCGUUCCUCUGGUAAAGCCCAAGAUGUUCGCCAAGGGAACCGAGAUCAACACGACCGUGGUGGUGAAGAAGCUCAACGAGAUCCUGCAGGCCAGAGGAAAGAAGGGAACUGACAGAGCGGCCCAGAUCGAGCUGCUCCACCUGCUGGCUGGUAUCUCAGGCGAGCACAACCUGGGCCAAGGCAUCCUGGUCAAGAUCAAGUUCAAUAUCAUCGCCUCCCUCUACGACUACAACCCCAACCUGGCCGCGUUCAUGAAGGCGGACAUGUGGAAGAAGUGUUUGGAGUGCAUCGAUGAGCUGUUGGACAUCCUGUUUGAAAACAGCAACAUCUUCAUCGGGGAGAACAUCGCCGAGGACAGCGAGAACCUGGCCAUAAUCGAGUCACAGCCCUUCAGGGUGCGAGGGUGUAUCCUGACGCUCGUGGAGAGAAUGGACGAGGAGUUCACCAAGAUCAUGCAGAACACAGACCCCCAUUCCCAAGAGUACGUGGACAACCUGAAGGACGAGGGACACGUGUGCGGCAUCAUCGACCGCCUGCUGUCCUACCUGGAGACCAAGGGCAGCACGGAGGAGGUGUGCCGCAUCUACCUGCGCCGCAUCAUGCACACCUACUACAAGUUUGACUACAAGGCCCACCGACGCAGCCUCGGCCUAGUGGCAGAGACCAAGUCUGAGCAGGACCAGGAGGAGAGCGAGGGCGAGGACAGUGCCAUCAUCAUGGACCGCCUCUGCAAGUUCAUCUACGCCAAGGACCGCACCGACCGCAUCAGGACCUGCGCCAUCCUCUGCCACAUCUACCACCACGCACUGCACUCCCGCUGGUACCAGGCCCGCGACCUCAUGCUCAUGAGCCACCUGCAGGACAACAUCCAGCACGCCGACCCGCCCGUACAGAUCCUGUACAAUAGAACCAUGGUGCAGCUGGGGAUCUGCGCCUUCCGCCAGGGCAUGAUCAAGGACGCCCACAACGCCCUGCUGGACAUCCAGUCGUCCGGCCGCGCCAAGGAGCUGCUGGGACAGGGCCUGCUGAUGAGGAACAUGCAGGAGAGGAACGCAGAGCAGGAGAAGAUCGAGAAGAGGAGACAGGUGCCGUUCCACAUGCACAUCAACCUGGAGCUGCUGGAGUGCGUGUACCUGGUGUCGGCCAUGUUGCUGGAGAUCCCCUACAUGGCGGCGCACGAGUUUGACGCCCGGCGACGCAUGAUCAGCAAACAGUUCCACCACCAGCUCCGAGUGGGGGAGAGACAGCCGCUGCUGGGCCCCCCAGAGAGCAUGAGGGAGCACGUGGUGGCUGCCAGUAAGGCCAUGAAGAUGGGCGACUGGCGCACCUGCCACUCGUUCAUCAUCAACGAGAAGAUGAACAGCAAGGUGUGGGACCUGUUCCCCGAGACCCAGUGCGUCAGGGAGAUGCUCGUCAGGAAGAUCCAGGAGGAGUCGCUGAGGACCUACCUGUUCACGUACAGCAGCGUGUACGACUCCAUCAGCAUGGGCACUCUGUCCGAGAUGUUUGAGCUGGAGCUGGCCAUGGUCCACUCCAUCAUCAGCAAGAUGAUCAUCAACGAGGAGCUCAUGGCGUCUCUGGACCAGCCCACCCAGACGGUGGUGAUGCAUCGCACGGAGCCCACCUCCCUGCAGAACAUGGCGCUGCAGCUGGCGGAGAAGCUGGGCGGCCUGGUGGAGAACAACGAGCGCGUGUUCGACCUCAAGCAGGGCGUGUACGGAGGCUACUUCAACCGAGACCAGAAGGGCUCCUACCAACAGAAGCAGGGAGGCUACCAGAGAGAAAACCGCGGAGGUUACCAGCAGCGGCAGGGUGGUUACCGGGGUGGAGACGGCCAGCGGGGCGGAGGCUACCAGGGGGGGUACCGGGGCGGGUACCAGGGAGGCAACCGCGACGGCAACCAGGGAGGCAACCGCGACGGCAACCAGGGUGGCUACCAGGGCGGGUACCGGGGCGGGUACCAGGGAGGGAACCGCGACGGGAACCGCGACGGGAACCGCGACGGGAACCAGGGAGGCAACCGCGACGGCAACCAGGGUGGCUACCAGGGCGGCUACAAGGGAGGCUACCAGGGCGGCUACCAGGGGGGCUAUCAGCGUGGCGGCGGCGGCGGUGGCGGCGGCUACGGCGGCUACAGGAACCACCAGAACCGGGACCAGAGCAACUACUAGACGACCCCCUGCCUCCUGAACCCAGACCGCCUGAAGACCCAUACUCUCCUCUCCAAGCCUCCUUUUCUACACUGGCGGGCUUUUAUUAUGUGAUGACGGUGUUUGAAGUGCGGCCAUUGUACCGCAACCAGAUCACAGUGAACUAUUCCUAUUGGUUGAUAAAUAAACUGUUCAACCCAAUUAUACCGUGU